AAGGAAAUUAUUUUACAUUAAUGGAUGAUGGGAAUGUUAAUGAUAUAUAUAAUACCGAUAAUGGUAGAUGGUAUGAACAUAUUGCUUAUAGAGGAAUUAAAACGUUUGGUUAUGCUCGAGUUAUUCAUGGUGAAAUAACUGACACUGAAUUACAAGUUGGAAAAUUCCAAGUUUUAAAUAAUAAUAAUAAUGUUAUUUCUGUUGAUUUAUAA